CGCACUCCGAACUUGCCCUCUCCAAUCCAACGAAGAAAUGAAAUGAGGUGGGGAGAGAGAGAGAGAGAGAAACACACACACACACACAGACUGUGAAAAUCGAUCUCCGUCCCUCGCCAUUCUCAUGCGGAGGGAGGCGAAGAGCGAAGAAACUCCACACCGAGACUGAUUCAUCAUCCCCUUGAAUUAAGGGCUAAUUCGGGCUCCUGAAAUAUCUACAUGUAUGUUAAAUUUCAGAGUCUCUGAUGAUUUUGAGCUAUCCAAUGUAGUGGUAAAGUUUAGGAAAUUUGAUGUUUUGGGUUUAACAUAAUUUGAGGGUUUUGGUGAGCUAAGAUCUCAGGUGUUCCACCAAAAAUUAGGGUUUUGGAGGCUAUGAGAGUUUGGGUUUUUUGGGCUGGCCUCUUUUGAAGAUUUUUUAGGGUGCGUGUUUUAAUAUAGGGAUGUCGAUGAAUAACAAUAACCCACCCAAGAAUAUUGGGGUUCCGUCCCCCUUUGGAAAUGCCGGGGUUGUUUCUUCAAAUUUGCCCGCAAAUCCAACCGCACACCUCCAAUCACAGUCCCAAGGUCAACAACAAUUUGGUUCUGGUUUUCCAAGUCAAUUUCAGUUGUCCCAGCUAUCUGCAGCUCAAGCCCAGGCGUUUGCCCAAGCGCAGUCGAAGGCCCAACAAGCUCAUGCCCAAGCUCAAGCUCAAGCAGCACAUGCCCAAUUCCAAGCUCAGUUACAAGCUCAAGGGUUGCCCCUUAAUCAGUCCCACACUUCUGGGAUUGGUAACAUGGGUUCCUCUUCACCAUUGGUAAACACACCAGGCAAUGCAAGUGCGAAACGAAUACCUCAGAAGCCACCGAUGCGACCACCGGCCUUUUCAGCUACCAACACAAUGUCACCCUUGAGAAAUAUGGAGCUUGCAGCUGCUGCUCGUAGAAAGAAGCAGAAGCUUCCUGAGAAGCAGUUGCAGGAGAGAGUGGCAGCAAUUUUGCCUGAAUCUGCUCUUUACACCCAGCUCCUUGAGUUUGAAUCUCGUGUAGAUGCUGCUUUGGCAAGAAAGAAAAUUGACAUCCAGGAGGCCAUUAAAAACCCUCCCUCCAUUCAGAAAACGCUUCGAAUCUAUGUGUUCAACACUUUCGCUAACCAGAUUCGCACAAUUCCUAAGAAGGCAAAUGCUGAACCCCCUACUUGGUCCCUCAAGAUAGUUGGAAGGAUCUUGGAAGAGGGGAUAGAUCCUGAUCAAGCUGGGAUGAUGCAGAGAUCGAGUUCCUUGUACCCAAAGUUCUCAUCUUUCUUCAAAAGAGUCACCAUUUCCUUGGAUCAGAGACUAUAUCCAGAAAACCAUAUUAUUAUGUGGGAUAGUGCUCGAUCACCUCAACAUCAGGAAGGCUUUGAAGUAAAGAGGAAAGGGGAUAAAGAAUUUACGGCAAAUAUACGGUUAGAAAUGAAUUAUACGCCUGAGAAGUUUAAGCUUUCACCAGCAUUGAUGGAAGUUCUUGGUAUUGAGGUUGAUACCCGCCCGAGAAUCAUAGCUGCUAUCUGGCAUUACGUAAAGGCUAGAAAAUUGCAGAACCCAAAUGAUCCGUCUUAUUUUAACUGUGAUCCACCACUCCAGAAAGUAUUUGGGGAAGAAAAGAUGAAAUUCACCAUGGUUUCGCAGAAGAUAUCCCAUCAUUUAUCUCCUCCGCAACCUAUACAUUUGGAUCACAAGAUCAAGCUUUCAGGGAAUAGUCCAGCUGGAAAUGCAUGCUACGAUGUGUUGGUGGAUGUUCCCUUUCCAAUCCAAAAGGAAUUGAAUACUUUAUUAGCCAACACAGAGAAAACCAAGGAGAUUGAUACUUGCGAUGAAGCAAUUUGUACUGCUAUAAGGAAGAUCCACGAGCACCGUAGGAGACGAGCCUUCUUCCUUGGCUUCAGUCAAUCGCCAGUGGAAUUUAUCAAUAAUUUGAUUGAAUCUCAAAGCAGGGAUCUGAAGCUUGUAGCAGGGGAAGCAAGUCGUAGUGCUGAAAAAGAUUCAGAUUCGUCAGAUUUCUUCAAUCAACCAUGGGUUGAAGAUGCUGUUAUUCGUUAUCUGAAUCGCAAGCCAGUUGCAGAUGGUCCUGGAAGCACAUGAAUUAGGGACCACGGAACUGCUGAUGGGCACUUCUUCUGAGCUUACAUGUAUAAAUCUUUUUGGCAUCUCUUUUGGAAUUGCUUUGGGUAUAUGUUUGGCCUUUUCAUUUUCAGAUAGGUAGGAAAAUUGCAAAGAAAAUUUGCUCUGUAGCCCAUUUAAGGAUUUCUUUGCUGCUACUCAGGUUCACAGUACCGUGAUCGAGCUAAUUUAAACAAUUAGCAGGUUUGAGUGGUAAUGGGGAGACUUGGUCUUGUAAUGUCUGGGAAUUUUGUGAAUUUUGUUUUUUGUUGGUUAGAUAUUUGUAACAGCUGAUGUUCUUGCCUGCAGCUAUUCUGUCCAUGGUUGUUAUGGAAGGUGCAAUACAUUUUUUGAAUAAUUAAGAUCCUUGAAAUGGCAUAUCCAGACUCCAGUUACUGUGCUGCAGGCUUUGACAUUGGCAACCUAUACUGGUCUGAAAUUUAUAGGACAUAACAUUAUUAUUUAUUUGUUUUGUUACUGGAUGGCAAGGGCUGGAGCUACCAUGCUUCAAGCUUUACAUUCUUCAAUGCCAUUGUUUAUCAGAUAUUGUUUGCAA